UCUCCCAUCCGUCCCUGCAGCCGCUGGCCAGUCCUUCUCUGCGUCGCGUCGUCCUCUCCUUUCGCGCCCGCCGCUGCCAGACCUCAUUCCUCAGCGACAUGCCAUAGCGCCGCACCCGACGUCGCGCGCCGCCAUUCACACAAGUCGGGUCCGUUUCGCCAAACCUCCGUAAACCUCCGUCACCUGGGCGCUCCCGCUCGCGAUACAACCCUCCCUUCCCAACUCCCACCUCGUCUCCGUCAGCCCACGACCCGAGGAUCUGGACGAUGACAUCUGCCGUCGCGACUGCGUCCUCGCCAUCACCCUUGAAACCCGUCGCCGGCGCAGCUCGCACGCUGCUGCGCCAGGCAUAGCCGCCAUGUCCUUUACGUCGCGGACGCUCGACCCUAUCGCGCGCUCAAGCUCCGUACGCGCCCGCCGCGAACCCGCAUCCUCGUCGUCCCUGCACUGCUGCUGCGGCCGCCCCGACUGCAUCCUCCUCAAGCGAAAUUGUUCUAUCCUCGAGUCGGUCGAAAAAGAUGUGCACACCGCCGCCCAGCUCGGCCAGGUACGUCCUUCAAGCCCGAGCGCGCGCUCGCCUCGCCCCGGCCCGGUGCAUUCCAGCACCCGCCUCGCUGCCGCGAUCCCCACCGUCUCAUGUCUCUGCGUGCCAGCCGAUUUGUUCGUGUUUUUUGCAUCACUACAGAAUGUUCUCCCGCUAGUUGGGUCUUUGUUUCGUCUUUGCUCGGGUCAUAGCGCCUGGCCGCCGCCGUCGACGCCAUCAUGCAGUCGCUGACGUUCUCGUUGCAGGCGUUGUUGGUUAGGCAUGAGGCCUACAUGGCCGAUGCCGAGCGAGACCGCAUCGAGCUGACCACGCGAAUCCAAGAGCUCGAGCUGGCUAAGCUGGACCUAGAAUCCAUCAACGCGGCCAAGAUUGAAGAGAACCGCAAUCUCCUCGACCAGCUCGAGGCCCUCAACAACACUGUCUCCGACUCCGACACGAGAAUAAAAAGCCUCGAGGCUAGCCUCCUCUCAUCACAACAGAGCGUGCGUCGCCUGGAGGCUGCUGCCGUGCGCGCCGCCGACGCCGAGCGUCACAUAGCCGUCCUCGAGGACGAGCAAAACAAACUCCACGAGGAGCUAAGGUCGAGCCGUGAAGAUGCACGCUCCCACGCGCAACGCUUCAAGGAAGCCCAGCGCGGGCUCACCGACAUGCAGGACCAGCUGGAGCGCAUGGAGAAGGAGGCACGCCAGGAGCGUGAGCGGCACACCGAGGUGGUCGAGCGCAUGGAGCGUCAGCGCGAAAUCGACAAGCAACUCGACAUGGCCGCCGGCCGACUAAAGGGUGCCGCCGCCAGCAAGCAGCUUCAGGAACACAAGAGCAGCAACAAGAUUGUGGGCCAUUUUGUGCGCGACCUGCUCGAGGACAACGCGAAUCUCCAGGUUGGUAUCGCGGAGCUUAGGGAAAUGCUCCUCAAUUCCAACGAUGAGAUCCAGUCUCUGCGAGAACAGCUCAUGUUCCACCAACCUAUUGAGCACGACCAGGCACAAGACUCCAGCUCUGCGUCAACACUCAAGGCCGAGCUGGAGCCCAGCGACGCCAAGAAGCGACUGGCACAGGAGCUGCAUAUCCAUCACCACUACCACGUUACCCCCAAGUCAGAGGCCAAGAAGCCCAAGAAGCGGCGGCAGGCCCUCUUGUCCGGCACGUCCACACCGCCGGUGUUUUCGGCGCCCUCCUCUCCCAAACGUCCUGGUAAAUGGGGUGGUCUUACGCCAUCCCCUACUGCGCCCGCGCUCUUGUCGCACGCAGAUCAAGACGACAUGACGCCGACCAUGCCCAAGGCUCGCAACUCCUGGGCCGGCCGCUCGAACCCGCCUUCUGAAUUCUCCUCAUCUGCCCCCAGCUCACCGCCCUCGGGCCAUCGUCAUGCCGUGUUCGACACGACCUUUGGCGACUCUGACGCUGUUCAAUCACCCACGACCAGCUUCGACCCCAUGUCACCCACCUGGAGGGCUUCGCAUAGCAAGCGAGCAUCUGCGUCAUCGUCUCGAAGCUAUCAGUCCAUGGCCACGUCGCUCGUGGACUCUGUGCCAGACACACCAUGUGGAAACCCGGCGGCUCAUCGUUCGUACAGAGAUCACGUCAUUCAAGAAGAAGAUGAGGAUGUCGAGGAGCUGCCGCCCCUGGACGACCGGCCACCACCUACCGAGAGCGUGCCUGCUGUGCAAGAGCCGGUGGAUGAGCUUGACUCCUUCUUUAAACACCCGAUAUCGCGACCGCAGCUGCGCAGGGUGCCGUCACACGAGUCCAUCUUGUCUCUAACGGGGGGACUCGAGAUUCACACGCUCAAGGCACGGCCCAGUCAGAUGACUCUCCGGCCCAUUGGCGGGGCCGAUGUGGUCGUGACGGGGGUUACAGCACAACCGACGCUGUCUCGGGCCAGUGGGAAGCGCAGUGACGCCGCGCUCCGGGACCACUUUGUCGGAUUCCAAACGCCGAGAUCCGUGUCUAGUCCUAUGGCUCCAGCAGCGUCGCCGGGCCCGUCAUCGACGCCGCGGUCUCGCCCGUUUGGCAAGUGGAGUGGGUGGCGACCCUGGGGUGCCUCGAGCCCCAGCGCACCCAGUCCCUCGCCCAAGACCGCCGAAAGGGAGCGGGAUCGAGACGUCAAUCGCGCGCCGGGGAUCAACCAAGCUGGGGCGAUCCCUGGGUUUCAGCAGUACUGGGCCGCGCACAAGCGCAAAGGCGCGCCGGCCAAGGUGACUGCUGAGACGGUCGAUCGCGACGCCCUGGUAGAAGGCCUGCGAGAGUGAGGCACUCUACUACAUUCGCUGGCUACGGCCACCAUAACCAACAUUUCACUUGACGAAUCGUUUUGUGAGCAUAUCGCUCGCUGCGACGUUCUACCUACCUACCUAUUAAUUCUGCCCUGUUUUUCCCCUUCCUGUCACAAUAGCAUCGAGCAUACAUAUUCGUUGCUCCCCCCCCCCGGCGUUUGCUCAAAUUGCAUAGGCCGCGGAACGGUCACUCUUCGUCUUCUGUUUGUCUUUUCUCUUGUCUGGAUGGACUGCAUAAUUUGGGGAGUUUUGUUUGUGUCGAAGAGAAUGAGGAGCUUGGAGAUACCCGCGCCUGCCUACAAAAAGCCUGCGACUGGCUUUUUUCUUUUGUCCUUGAUCUACAGAUGGUGGGGGAAGAGGCGAUGGGGAGAGUAGUAGCGUUGAAUCAAGAGAUUGAGCUGCACCGACAGCGCGAUUCGUUUACAUGUACAUGUAUAUCAGGCCUGGCAGUUCCACUGACUUUGAAGUCAGCUUCGAACGAUUUGAGGAAGAAUUCAUUGCCGA